CUCCUGCACGUGGCGCUCUAGUGCAAGCUGGUGGUAGAUCGUUUUGUUGACGGAAGUUCGCCACGGAAGAAGAGAGAGACCGUCAUGGUUCGUGUCAAGUCUAGGUAUUUACUGUGCGAAAUCAACGUGACAGACAGGGCCCGCCUGUUGCUACUGGAUGACCGAGCUGUGGCAGCGGCAGUGAGGGCAGCAGUGGCCCGCAUGCACGGAGACUAUGGAGCGGCUCUCUGCAGCAUCAGAUUCUCUGUGAAAUAUCUGAAUGCUCAUACUGGAAUAGUAUUCCUGCGUUUCCCCAAGAGAUGUUACAGACUCCUCUGGUCUGCAUUGCCUUUCAUCACCUGUAUCGAAACUCGUGGGCAGAAAAUCCCAUGUUUUCUGAACUGUUUGCAUGUGGGAGGAACAAUAAGAACAUGUCAGAAGUUUCUGAUCCGAUACAACACCCAGCAGCUCCAUCGAAUGAUCCCUAAAUGUAAAAACGAAGAAGAAAAACAAGAGAUCCAGAAAGCAAUUCUGAACUGCACUCUAACAAGAGGAAACAAGGUGGCAUUUGAAGAUGAAUUAGAGAGUGAAAAAGAUGACGACGAUGAUGAAGAAGAGGAAGAAGAAGAAGAAGAGUAGUGACUUCACUCACUUGGAUUUAAAAGGCGGACUAUUUUUGUUACGGGACAUUUAAGCAUUUAAGGAAAUGCAUACCCACCUCUGUGGAAAAACUGUUCACUGCUGCAGCUGCUCAGCACAUUUGAUACCCAAGAAAACUGACUGACUGUAUGCCUGUCUUCAAUAGAGGCACAGAGGUAACCCUGCCGAGUUUUUGUGCUUUAAUUAACUUUUUAAUUUUUGUUAUUUAUACUAUGUUUUGUGCUCAAGUGUUUGUUUUUUUGUAUAAAUAAAAGCACUGUUUUUGAUGAUGUUGUAUGCUGUCAAAAAAAUGAUAACAUAAAACGAAUGGUACAAAUAUGUUCUGAAGGCUGCACAGACAUUUAGAUUAUUUCGAUAUUGCAUAACCUUGAACAAUAUUGACAAUACUGCAUCAAACCAUGUAAGGAGAAUGUUUUUUUUUUACUCCAGCCAGGUAAAAAGUACAUUUUGAAUGCAGGACCUGUACCCAAGUCCAAAUACUUAAACGCUGUGGUAUUAGUACUCUUACAUGGGUUAAAAACAAAGUGUAAGAAUACUCUUUUACAAGUAAAAGUCCUGCUUUAAAAAUGUAACUCAAGUAAAAGUACAAAAGUAUUAGCAUCUUAAUAUACUUAAAGUACUCGCUAUGUAGAUAUGCCAAUUUCCGAAUCAUAUGUAUUUUAUGUUUUCAUUAUAAUCUGAUGUAUGUGUUAUCAAGUUUGUAAAGGUGGACAACAUUUAAAUUAUUUUAUUUACUGCUGAGUAGCAGUUUUGAUAAUAUUGUUUAUCAUUAAUCCAUAUCGGCAAAGAAACUAAAGGAACUAGGUAAUGUAGUGGAGUAAAAGUACACAACUAACUUCUGAAUUGUAGUGGAGUAGAAUCACACAACAGCAUAAUAAUAA